AUUAUAGAAAUUGUAUAAUAUAGAAUUAAAUAAAAUGUAGAAGCUAUACAUGUAAAAAAAAUAUAGGAACAUAAACCUUAACUUAAUUUGCAAUUUUUUAUAUUUCUCUUCUAUUAAUACAUUGAUACUAAUUAAGUGUUUUUCUAAACUUAAUUAUAUUUAACAUAAAAUUUUACAUUUUUUUCAAAUAAAAUUAUUUAUAAUUUGACUAAUCUGUGUUACUUUAAUUUUAUACAAUUUUUAGAUUGUGUAUGAACAUAUUUUUUUUCUAAAAUUAUUAAUAGUAACAUUACUAGAAAAAAUAAUUUAUUGUUAAGAGAAAGAUGUUACUUUUUAGUGAUUAUUUUAUAUAUCGCAUUCUUUCCUUAACAAUGACAAUCCAAAAAAUUAAGUUUCUCAUUUGUCAUGCAAAUUCUACAAAUGGAUCUACGUUUAUAACCUGACAAAUCUUCCAUAUUUUAUCACAAUCAACUUUUUCUUAAAAACUUAUAGAUUUACUUGUACAUAUCCAUAUUUGCGUUAUAUUUACAUAAAUUAUAUGUAAUUUGUAUAAUAUGAUAAAUAUCGAUUCUUCUACAAUUAUAAAAAUAUUAAAUAUUUUAUAAAUAGAAAAUAAUUCGUAACGUUAAAAAAUUCCUUUAUUAAAUUUCACAGUAAUUAAAUUAAAGAAAUAUAUUGAUUUAGUCACUUAAUCUUUUAUUGUUAUAUAUAAAUGUUAUAUCUCAAUCAGGAACUUAAUACAAAAUUAUCAAGCUACAGUAACAUAAUAUCUAACCAAUGCUUAUAUUUAAAAAAAAGGUCAUAAAUCUUUGAAGAAAAUAAAUUCUCUAUCGUUUCUUAUAUAUUGUAUCAGGAUGUAUUUUACUCUCAAGGAAGAACCACCACUGUUGGCUGUUAUCAAAAGGAAAAUCUCUGAAUCUACGCAAGAAAAGAAACCAUGUUCGAAUCCACUAUUGCUUUAUUCUAAUUAUGAAUAUACACAUUUAUUUUUCUAUUUGUAACCAUCAUAUUGUAAAACUAAUGCACUUUCUGUAUCAACCAUUUUAGAUACCUUUUAGGUUCAAUCUUGAUCUUUUUAUAUAACUGUUCCAAAAAGAGAAAAAUUUAUUUUUCAACUCAACUUUUAAAUUGAGGCAUCAAAUCACAUUAUAAGAAAGACAUUGAGCUCCUUAUUGGGAAAUUUUUUGCACAAAAAUAUUCUUAUUUUUGCCAUAUUCGAUUUUUUCUAUUUACCCCUUAUUAAAAAUUACACUUAUUUUAUGUGCUCAAAUAAUUAUACUUUCUGAAAAAUUUGGAGUUUCUAUAUUCGUUUUUCAAAUUUUCGCAUAUCUAUACUCAAAAACACUAUAGUCAUUUUUUAUAUGCAUUUAUUAUAAAAGGUUACAAGUUUUUAAAUCAAAUAAUUUACAACUUGUGAAUUAUCUUCAGGAAUUAAGUUAAACUACUUUUUUUCCAAAAUAAAGUAUAGACAUUUAUUCUAAAAAAUGUUCUUAAAUUUUUUUAUAGAUUUGUUGAACCAUUUUAAAUAAAUGAAAAAGUUAAACAUACGUGAAUCAAUCAAAUAUCUUUUUUCCUUUGACUACAUAAGUACUUAUAUAGUCAAAGCUUUUUUUCAUAUUAUAUGGCAAAAGUUAAUAUUUUCAAAUAAAAGUUGAUAUUUUAUAAAGAUUCUAAAAAAUAUAAUAUCAGUUAUUUUUUCAGCAUUUUUGAAAAGUGUAUUUAAAUAAAAAAAUCUAUAAACAUUUUUUAUUUAAUUAUAAAAUUACACAGAGUGUCCCUGAAUAUAUGGAUCAAUGCUCAUAAAGAGAUAGAAAGGAUCGAAAUAAACAUAAAAGUCCAAUAUUGUCUUGGGUUAGGUACAUCAAUAAUCCAGAUAUUAACAUAUGGAAUCUGCAAAUAAUCUAAUUAUAAUUUCUAUCGUAAUUAUGAACAGUAUAUUAAUGAAACUUUAUCGUACAUUCACAAUAGAUUUUUUCUUCAGUGUUAUGGCUCGAGCGGAUCGAGCUUUUCCCUCGGCGUGCUCUCAUUCGCAUAAUUUGAGAAAUUAAUACCUCGAUUAUUGGUGGACCCUACCCAAAACAAUAUUGAACUUUUAUGUUCCUCUCGAUCCCUUCUACCUCUUUAUGAGCAUUGAUCCACAUAGUCAAGGAUACCCUGUAUACAAAUUUUGAAAAAUGUAAAGAAUUAAAAAUACUUUUUAUUAAAUACAAUAUCAUUUUAAAUUAAAACUUUAUACUAUUUAUUCAGAAUUUUUAUUUGGAGGAACGUUUCUGUACAACGAAUCACUGUGUGCUCAGUUAUUAAUGUUCUAUGAAAAUAACAAAUGCGCGAUGAAAUCUCAACCGAUCUUCGAUUCGCGCCAUGUGUCAAAAUUUCUACAAUUUGUUUCACGCGACCACAGAAUAUCCAUCAAAAUUCUUUCUGCAAUGUUAGGUUCCACAAUUCUGAUUACGAAACCUCAAUUCAGAACACUAGAUAUAAAUAAAUUACACGUAUCACGAAGACCAGGAUGCAUCGCAUGGUUGUUGCUUGGCCUGUCUGCGAUAAUCUUCAUUGGAAUAUUUAGCUACUUGACGAGCAAUGUGUAUCUACUAAUUAUCUUGCUUCUGGGCGAGAUCAUGUUUGGACUUGACAGUUUUGGAGAAUGGGAGGAUCUGAUUUUAUACAAAAACGAGAACAAAGCCGUCGUUGAGAGAUCCGUUUGGAGCGAUAAACUGUGUUUGACUAGCUCCGGUGAAUUCUCUUACAUGCGACUCACCGAUAUCCGGCAUAUUGGCGUCUCCACCAAAAUGGAUCUCUUUAUUCUACACAGGAACGGGCAAAUAAUCACCCUUAGCAUGAAAGGUUUAACGAGAAAGGAGAUACAAGAUUUGAGGAAAGAAAUCAGUCAUUUCUUGAACAUGAGUCGGCUCAAACAUCUCGAUCAUUCUUUGGUGGAUCCAUCGGAUCGAUUAUUGCUCCCUUCUGAUUCCGAAGAAUAUUUGCCAAAAGCUUGUUUACCUAUGUCCAACGAGUUUACUAUCUCAGAUAAUGUCUUGGACAGUUCAAUAUUCGGCAAGACGUGCCAUCAAGUGCAGCAGAAUUUAAGUUAUCCAAAUGUAAUGCGUGGAAUGCAUUUCAACAACCAUCAAUUGGCGAACUUGAGAAGAGGCCCUUAUACGGAAAAUUCGUCGCGUUUCAACUACGUCAAGUAUACCAGAAAUCUUUGCACCAUUCCUAAUUUCUGUAAGCUUCAAAGCAUGUAAUUAAUCAUGUCAUUCGUUUAUGUUAUACGUGCUUCGGAAUUACUGAUUCUGUAAUCGCUAAUUUGUAGAGAGAAAUUUGUAUAGCAAAACAAUAUUUUAUUCGUCUCUAGUGCGUUGUGACAAAUAAUUUAUUACUAAAUAACAAUAAUUUAAAGAGGAUACUUUAAAACUUGAUUUAUCACCAAUUAAGAACCUGAAUAUAUUACUAUAUAAUAACUAUAUGUAUAUCUAUUUUUUUUAACAAUUCAAUUUUUUUUAACAAUUAAAUAAAUUCUUUUACGAAAUCAUA